CUCUCGGGCCAGAGCGCAGAACCAUCCAUCCAUCCGGCACGCCACGCUUCUCCAUCUCCAAACCCUGUACCCUAUAUAAACCCCUCGAGCCCCGUUCAUUCCACUCACACAAACACAAGUUUCCAUCCAGCAUUCUCAGACCGAGUGAGCCUACUUUUGGGAGCACGCAACGCAUGGCUCGCAUGGGGGCGUCGGUGCUUUCGAUCCUGCUCGCCUCUUGCGCCCUGGCGGCGGCGAGCUUCGACAAGGAGUUCGACGUUACCUGGGGUGACGGGCGCGGCAAGAUCCUCAACAACGGCCAGCUCCUGACGCUGGGACUGGACAAGGUCUCCGGCUCCGGGUUCCAGUCCAAGCACGAGUACCUCUUCGGCAAGAUCGACAUGCAGCUCAAGCUCGUCCCCGGCAACUCUGCCGGCACCGUAACCGCCUACUACCUGUCGUCGCAGGGGCCGACGCACGACGAGAUCGACUUCGAGUUCCUGGGCAACGUCACCGGCGAGCCCUACACGCUGCACACCAACGUGUUCACGCAGGGGCAGGGCCAACGGGAGCAACAGUUCCGCCUCUGGUUCGAUCCCACCAACGACUUCCACACCUACUCCAUCCUCUGGAACCCAAAGCACAUCAUCUUCAUGGUGGACGACAUGCCGAUCAGGGACUUCAAGAACCUGGAGGGGAAGGGGAUCGCGUUCCCCAAGAACCAGCCCAUGCGGCUCUACUCCAGCCUCUGGAACGCCGACGACUGGGCCACGCAGGGCGGCCGCGUCAAGACCGACUGGUCCCACGCGCCGUUCUCCGCCUCUUACCGUGGCUUCAAGGCCGACGCGUGCGUGGUGACCGCGGGCGGCCGGCCGCGCUGCGGCGCCAGCAUGGGCACGGAAGCGGCCCCGGGCACGGGCGCUUCCGGCGCGGCCGGCGAGUGGUACAACCAGGAGCUGGACCUGACGCUGCAGCAGCGGAUGCGGUGGGUGCAGAGCAAUUACAUGAUCUACAACUACUGCACUGACCCCAAGCGCGUCGCCAAGGGCGUCCCCGCCGAGUGCUCCAUGUAGUCCCCGUCCAUCAAAAGCAAGGUAGCAUUGGACCGUCCGUGUAUACGUCGAUCGCCGGAGGAAGACGGCCGGGGAUAGGGAAGAUGGGGGCGUCUGUAUUGUACUGUAUGAUAAAUAAGGACCAGUGAGGGGGGAUAAUGUGAAAUGGAGCGGGUGGUAGAUUCUUCUGUUUGCUCCUUGUCACGUUCAGAUCGUGUGUAAUAUAUGUCUCAUCUCGUUCUGUUCUUCA